ACAAAUCAACACGAUCUCAUAAUGUCCAAGCACGAGAUUCGUCACUCACUUCUUUUCGUCCUUCAUUCAAAUCUAAAUUUUAUCGCAUUAAUUCUUUAUUUUCGUUUUAAAUUAUUAAUAAAUAAAAUCGAGAGUCAAUACUCGAUGAAUGAAUAGAUACACCUACAACUACAAGGUCGUAGGUGAAGAAAACAACAAUCUUGAUUUCACAAAAUCAGCUCCUCAAAGAAACCCAACUAUAAAGGGAUUGAAAAGAAAGGCGUCUAAUAAUCAAACUGUAGCAGAGUUAGAGAGAGAUUGGCGAGAGGUGAAGAUGCGUGGAGGAGAGAGAAAGCGAGAGGGAUAGAGGAGUUCUGGUAUAUGGUGGAUGGUGUCACACUCACAAUGGGUGUGGCGGGCUCCAAGUUAGAGAAGGCUUUGGGCGACCAUUUUCCCGAAGGUGAAAGAUAUUUCGGCUUGGAGAAUUUCGGCAACACAUGCUAUUGUAACAGCGUUUUGCAGGCUCUCUACUUUUGUGUACCAUUUCGUGAACAAUUAUUGGAGUAUUAUUCCAACAACAAAAGCCAAGGCGAAGCAGAUGAAAACCUCUUGACUUGUCUUGCGGAACUUUUUUCACAGAUUAACUCUCAGAAGAAGAAAACAGGUGUGAUAGCUCCAAAACGCUUUGUGCAAAGGCUUAGAAAAGAAAAUGAUGUUUUCAGGGGAUACAUGCACCAGGAUGCUCAUGAAUUUCUGAACUUCUUGCUAAACCAACUUGUUGACAUACUGGAGAAAGAGUGUCUCAAAGCAACAAGUGAGAAUGUCUCAAAUGGGCCGAGCAACGGUCAUGUCAAUGGUGUUAAGCAGGAACUUGCGGUUACCUGGGUCCACAAAAAUUUUCAGGGUAUUCUCACAAAUGAGACGAGGUGUUUAAGGUGUGAGACAGUUACUGCAAGGGACGAGACAUUCUUAGAUUUAAGCCUUGAUAUUGAACAAAACAGCUCAAUUACUAGCUGCCUCAAGAAUUUCAGCUCUACGGAAACCCUGAAUGCUGAAGAUAAAUUCUUCUGUGACAAAUGCUGCAGUUUGCAAGAAGCCCAGAAGAGGAUGAAGAUAAAGAAAUCACCUCGUAUCUUGGUGAUUCAUCUCAAGCGAUUCAAGUACAUGGAACAACUAAACAGACACAAGAAGUUAUCCUACCGGGUUGUGUUCCCCCUGGAACUGAAACUCAGCACCACGUUGGAUGCUGGCGACUCCGAGUACUCGUUGUUUGCUGUGGUUGUUCAUGUGGGGACGGGGCCAAACCACGGGCAUUACGUAAGUCUUGUGAAAAGUCAUAAUCACUGGCUGUUUUUUGAUGAUGAGAAUGCGGAGAUGAUUGAUGAGUCGGCCAUCCAGACGUUUUUCGGAUCUGCCCAAGAAUACUCGAGCAACACAGACCAUGGAUACAUUCUGUUUUAUGAGAGCCUCAGUGGUGAUAACAAGUCACUCUAACUUUACUUUGAGGAGGAAACUUGUCUGGCUACCCUCUAUUUUCCAUAGCAUGUGGCACCUGCAAGGCUUGGUCUUUGUACAGGAAUAACUCAGCCCCACAAGUCUAGAAUAGAGAUAUACUUUGUAACUUCACCUAAAUAUUUUGCUACCAACUGUGAUGUUUUUGGCAAUCCUCUCUCUGUCUCUGUCGCAUCUAUUUUGUACAAUAUUCUUAAGGUUAUAAUGGGCUUAUUUAUCAGGAUUUA